CGGUUUUAAUCAAACUGCGGCAUGUACAACUCGGCCAAACAGCUGCAGCGCGUGCUGACAGCCCGCGAGAUUCGUAAGACGUUCCUGGACCACUUUACCGUGAGCCAUGGCCACAAGUUCGUCCGCUCCAGUCCGGUGGUUCCUUUCUGCGAUCCCACGGUGGCUUUCGUUAACGCGGGCAUGAAUCAGUUCAAAUCGGUAUUCCUGGGCACAGCAGAGGCGCCUUACAAGCGCGUGGUCAACUCCCAGAAGUGCGUCCGUGUGGGUGGAAAACACAAUGAUCUAUCAGUGGUGGGCACGGAUGGCUAUCAUCACACCUUCUUCGAGAUGCUGGGCAACUGGUCCUUCGGCGAUUACUUUAAGCGGGAGGCCUGCGCCAUGGCUUUGGAGCUGCUCCGUGGUCCCUACAACAUUGACCAAGGUCGCCUAUAUGUAACUUACUUUGCUGGUGAUAAGGUGCUGGGUAUUCCAGCGGAUCUGGAGUGUUUUGAGAUUUGGAGGAGCCUGGGAUUUCCCGCCUCUCGCAUACUACCCUUUGGUUGCGCAGAUAACUUCUGGGAAAUGGGAGCCACUGGUCCAUGUGGUCCCUGCACCGAAAUCCACAUUGAUCAUCGCCCAGAUCUUGGCAACGUGGAGCAGCGCGCAAAAUUGGUCAAUGCAGGUCGCUCCGAUCUCACAGAGCUCUGGAAUCUCGUCUUUAUACAGUACAACCGUCAUGCGGAUGGCACCAUCUCUCAAUUACCCGCCAAUCAUGUUGACACCGGCAUGGGAUUCGAGCGUUUGACGGCAGUGCUGCAAAACAAGAAUUCCAACUAUGACACGGAUUUGUUUACUCCGCUCUUUGAUGGCAUCCAGCAGGUGGCAAAGGCUCCGGUUUACAGUGGCAGCUUUUCGGAUGGAGGAAAUGGAGCAAUGUUGGACACAAGUUAUAGGAUACUAGCCGAUCAUGCCCGCAUGGUCACAGCCUGUUUGGCCGAUGGAAUGCUGCCAGAUCAAAACCAAAAAUUGCGCCGUGUGCUCCGCAAAGCUCUCAACAUUUCGGAGCAUGUGUUUGCCCAUGACAAAUUGUUGACCCAACUUGUUCCUAUUGUGGUAGAGACUCUGGGCGAGGCCUAUCCAGAGAUGUCAUCUAAACAGCAGGCAGUCAUCGACUUGAUUAACCACGAGCAGGAGGUGUAUAAGAAUCUGAGAGAAAGUUCUUCCAAAGCAUUUGCAGAGGUGCUCACAGAGUUCCCGAAUCUGGAUGAUAUUGAUUUGAUGGAGUGCCCAGGGUUCGUGCCCGCCUACCGGGAGUUUCGGGUGCAACGCUGCAAGUUUUCCAAUAACACAAUACCAGGAGAUUUCCUCUACAAACUGACGGAUACAUAUGGUCUUACCGAAGAGAGCUUCCUUAAGCUAGCCGAACUGGAGAACAUGAACUGUGAUCUGGAGCGCUACAGGGCUAAGGUCAGUCUGGCCAAGAUUAAAGCCAAGGGCACUCAAAGAGCAAGCGAGGAAGGAUCGCUUUGCGAUCUGGCCAAUGAGCAGCGUAUUGCCGAAGCUCAGGCGAAGCUAACGAAGCGUCUGACACCCACCGACAACAGUCACAAAUAUGCCUAUUCCUUUGACAAGGAGAGCGAUUCAUACCAGAUACCUCCGCUAAAAAGUCGCAUCGUGGGAAUGCUUCUCAACGAUGCGGAAGUGUCGCGAACGCAAGGCAGUCGCCUGCAGGAACCCUCCACCGACCUUAUUUCAAUUGUAACUACUACCAGCAAUUUCUACUACGAAUCUGGUGGUCAGCAAUCGGAUGGUGGAAAGAUAUUUGUCAACAAUCAUCACCAGCCAGAGCUUCCGCAUUUGCUAGACGUUAUCUGUGUGAAAAAUCUCAAUGGCUGUGUGGUUCAUGUCUGCAAAUUGUCGAGUUCUACCGAUGCAUUUGAGCUGGCCAUUGGAGACGAGGUGGAACUGCAGGUUGAUCCUCAGCGGAGACAACUCAAUACUUGUCAUCAUACAGCUACACAUCUGCUAAACGCUGCUAUCCGCUCUCUUUUUAAAAAGGUAACCUAUCAGGUUUCAAGCUCGGUGACCAGUGAUCACUGCAAACUAGAGUUGGGACUGCUGGGCAAGCGCAUCCAAAAGGGCGAUGUGCAGCUCAUUGAAGAUCUUAUCAACCGCGUUAUCUGUUCUGCCUCACCGGUUCAGGUAGAGCUUUUGAGUGCCGCUGAAGUCCUGCAGCAAAAUGACAUCACGAUGGUGCCCGGUGAGGUUUAUCCGGAGCAGGGAUUACGACUGGUCAACGUUGACAGCCCUGAACUUCAGCUCAGCUCCAAGGAGCUAUGCUGUGGCACUCAUGCCACCAACACCAGUGAGCUUUCCUGCUUUAGCAUUGUCAAUUUAAAGCAGACAAAUCGCGCGAGAUUCGCCUUCACCGCUGUGGCUGGCCAGGCGGCUGAAAAUGUGCUGAAAACCGCUGCCCUGCUACGCCAUCGCGUUGAUCUUCUCGAGAAGCAGUUCCAGACUGAUAAGCUCACAAAUGCCACGGAAGUGGAACUGCAGACCAUUCGUCACAAUAUCCUGCACACGGACAUUAAGCUGCCAUAUGCGUUCAAGAUGGACACGCUAGAACGCAUUACCGAGAUGUUAAAAAGAAUCAAAGAUUCCUCACGCACAACCCUAAAGGAAUUCGUGGAUGUUGAAAUGCGCAACCUGCUGCAGGAAAAGCCUGUGGAUUCUCACCCCUUCAUUCUGCACUACAUAACUAGCUCGGCCCUGGUGGAGGAGAUUCCCUUGCAACGAGCCACCAAACUCUGCCAGGACCGGCCCGUCCUGGUAAUCAGCAUGUGUGAUAGCGUCGUUAAGGCGCGCUGUUGCGUACCAUCGAACUGCGUCACAGAACAAUUUAACGCUUCCGCUUGGCUGCAAUCUUUCGCCGACACCUUUGGUGGCCAGAUAGCUGUGCCCAAAGGCCAGAAUCCGCAGGUUGUGUGCAACAUGAAGGGUCGAAGAGUCAGCAACCUAUUCGAGGAGCAGCUGGAGCAGGCAAUGUCCAAGGCACAGGCGUACGCUAAGCUUUACCUGUAGGUUUUAGAUGUGAUCACCCUCCUAAAUGUGCUAGCUGUAAGCUUGCCUCUCUAAAUUGCGGAAUUAUUAGUAAA